CGGUCCUCGGCCGCCAACCGCAAAGAAACGCGCCCGGCUUAUCGAUACGCAAUACCGCCAGGCCCGUAUGGCAUCAACAGUCGCCGCGAUUUUUUCUCCGCCAGCUCCACAGCAACCACCAUGGCAGAAGCAAACAACGACCACCUCAUUCAUUCCGACGACCCGGAACACCCGGCCAAUCACAUCUGCGAGCUCUGCCGCAAGUUUUACACUCUGGGCUGGGUCACUGGCACUGGCGGCGGCACUAGUAUCAAGCAUGGCGACCAUGUCUUCAUUGCGCCCUCGGGCGUCCAGAAAGAGCUCAUGAAGCCCACCGACAUGUUCGUCAUGGACUACAACACCAAGGAAUAUCUCCGCAAGCCUCAGGUCCUCAAGCCCUCCGCCUGCACCCCUCUCUUCUACGCUGCCUUCACCCGCGGUGCCGGCUGCUGCAUCCACACCCACUCCCAGUGGGCUGUGCUUGUCACUCUGCUCGUGGAGCGUGACUUUGGUCCCGAUGCCUGCUUUGAGAUUGAGAUGAUCGAGCAGAUCAAGGGAGUUCCGAAGGGUCGCGGCAAGGCCGGCAACUUGGGAUACUUUGACAGGCUGCAGAUUCCCAUUAUCGAGAACACUGCGCAUGAGGAGGACCUUGCCAGCACUCUGGAGGAAGCUAUGGAUAAGUACCCUGAUGCGUAUGCUGUCUUGGUCAGGAGGCACGGCAUCUAUGUCUGGGGCGACAACGUUCACAAGGCGAAGACGCUCUGUGAGAGCUUGGAUUAUAUCUUCCAGCUUGCCGUUGAGAUGAAGAAGCUGGGUCUUCCCUGGACCAAAUAAGCGUUAACAAGCGUUUGCUUUACCGUACACGCAAGUACAUAUACCCUGUUAACAUCCGUCACCGCGAACCGAGAUCUACUGUAUAGCGAGAUAGAGGGCGACGCAAGCAGUCCCUACAGAGUACUCCUUACCUAGCUCCUAGCCCGAGUGCUGAGUAUGGGUGAAAAGGUCUUAGAGCGCAUAGAGCCUCUAUAUAUCUUAACUAGGUCUCUUCUUCUACUCCGUACAAGCAUUAGCAUCUCGUAAGACGGCGGAUCUCGCUUCACGGUGAUGGACGUUAGCCCUGGUUUUGCCGACAAAGGGAUCUUUAUCAGCAAGAUAUCCGUCAUAUAUCAAAUCAAAUUUUGUGACAAAAC